AUUUUAGUUAGAUAGGAUUCCGAAUUUGGAAACUUGUGUUUUGUCAUCACCACACCACUACUAGGCUAUAUAUACUUGGACACUGUUGUUUUGUCAGAAUCACUGUAUAUGUUUUUGUAAGAUCUAGGUCAUAUAGAUAGUUACUCCAAUUCCGACAAUGCAAGCCUUUAGCUACUUGGUUGAGCCCUUCAAAUAUCAUGUGUUCCUCAGCUUCAGAGGCAAAGAUACACGCUUCACUUUUACUGGCAACCUCUACCGUGCUCUCCGAGAUCGGGGAUUCUGCGUCUUCAUGGAUGAUCAGAGAAUUGACAAGGGGGAGAAAAUAUCUCAAGAACUCCCCAAGGCGAUUGAGGAGUCCAGGAUUUAUAUUAUCGUUUUAUCUGAGAAUUUUGCUUCUUCCCGGUAUUGCUUAGUUGAAGUUGUUAUGAUUCUUGAUGAGUUCGCUAAGGGGAAGGGUCGAUGGAUUGUGCCGGUUUUCUUCUACGUCGAUCCCUCUGUUCUGGUUCGUACUUAUGAACCGGCAUUGGCGAACCAGAAGAAGUGGUCUAGUGAUGACAAAAUUGAAGAAUGGAGGACUGCUUUGACUAAAUUAUCUAAAUUUCCUGGCUUCUGUGUCAGCAGGGACGGGAAUAUAUUUGAAUACCAACAUAUUGAUGAAAUCGUUAAAGAGGUCUCUAGACAUGUUCUCUGCCCAAUUGGACUUGAUGAAAAAAUAUUUAAGGUUAACUUGCUUUUGUCCUCUGGAUCAGAUGGAGUCCGCAUGAUUGGGAUAUGCGGAGAAGCUGGGAUUGGUAAAAUAACUUUAGCCCAUGAAGUUUUUCACUUCAACGCUGACAAGGUAUUUGAUCACUGUCUCCUUUUUUAUGACGUGGGAGGAAUUUCAAAUCAGUCUGGAAUUUUAUCAAUACUCCAUGGAAAAAGGGUUUUUAUAAUUUUUCAAGAUAUUAAACAUUUCAAGCAGUUGGAAGACAUCCGAGAACUAACUAAGCAGCUUGGUUCUGGCAGCAAAGUCAUCAUUACUGCUCAAGAUAAACAUUUGCUUGAUAGAUGUGGGAUUGGAUUUGAAAGUAUAUAUGAAAUAAAAAGGUUUAGUGAUUCAGAAGCUGAUCAAUUUCUUAAAUUCAAAGUUCUUAAUUCUGCAACUGUUAGUCCAAAGUAUGUGAACAUUCUAAACCGAAUCAAGUCUUAUGCCCUUGGUCAUCCAUGGACUUUGGAAGUAAUAUGUUCCAACUUGAGUGGAAAAUCAAUAGAAGAAUGUGAAUCUGCAUUACUCAAGUAUGAAUCUAUAACAGAUAGAGACAUCCAAAAGAUACUAGAAGUAAGCUUUAGUGCUUUGGAAAAAUGUCAGCAGCAGAUGUUGAUUCACAUUGCAUUGUACCUCAAAGAACAGAAAUUGGUAGAUGUUGAAGCUGAACUUUGUAAUAAGUAUAAAGUCUGCCCCAGAUUAGAUAUUAGAGUGUUGCUUGAUAAAUCUCUUAUAAAAAUUAAUCACCACGGUCAAGUGACAUUGCAUACCUCUACACAGGAAAUGAUUAAAGAUAAAGCUUCACGUUUUGAGGAGUAUGGAAACCAAGAAACGCAAUUUGUCUCAAAUGAUGGAAGCGGGGAUUGGGAUCCGAUGGAAUUGGAUUGACAAUUACCAGAAAUCUUGCUGCUUCAAAGAAAAAAGUUUACUUCUGUUCCCGUUCAUCAGUAGUUAAUAAUUUUUUCCUUGUGUGUGUAUCAUGGUUUAUUUUGAAAUUUACAUUUCUGAAAAUCUGGUCUUUAACCAAGCUGAAUGGUGUUGUUUGAUGCAUGACUGACUUCACCUAGCGGGAAAAGGCUUUUGUUGUUGUUCUUGUAUUUUGAGGUUUACACUUCAGUGUGUUAGCUAUAGUGAGCUGUUUGACUUCAAAUGCUAGUGUGUCAAUGUUUUAUGUUCAUUAUGUGAGAAUAUACUAUUGUUAUUUUUAAUUAUAGAGAAAAAAUCUUCAAUUCACGA